CUAGUCUGUCUCUAGGCAACCAUGGAUACAAUGGCCUAACAUUGCCGCCGCCAAGCAGCUGAGCCAAACAAACACGAGGCGUUUAGUUUUCUGGCGAGUUUCGUCGUUGCUAGUCCAGUUUAGAAAGAAUCAGCAACACAGAGGGAUAGUUAGGUAUCUCUACGGACUUAAAAUGGCGACCAGAACAAUGACAAAGUCGACUGAGGUGAUUCGACAUGGAAGAAGACAAGGGCAAGCAAGGACACCACCUCCGGCCGUUCCCCCACAAGCAGAGGGUGCCCAGCACACAGAGUUCGUGAUGCCAGGUGGCACAGAUCUCCGAGACGUCAUGGUCAUGUCUAAGAAGGAUUUCGAGCGUAUCCAGGGAACGCUGACAUACGGAACCAUGCAGAACAGGGAGGCGCAGAAAGCCCAGAGGAUCAGGGAAGACAAGGAAGCCCUGCACUCAAGGUCUAAAGAUGUGGUCAAGAACUGGGCCAACACUAUCGCUGGCCAGCGACAGAAGCGGCUGGAAGCUCGUAAGAUCAGGGAAGAUAACGAGGAGGCUGAGCGUGUUCAGGUGGACAUUGAGGAGGCAAAGUACCAGGCAGAGCAGAGGAGGAAGGCCAUCGAGAAGGCCAAAACUCAGCAGUACUACCAGACAGACAGGGUCAAGGGCUUCCAUGGUGCCUUGUUGCUGACGGAGGUCCUGAAGGAAAGGGAUGCGCAGGUCGAACUGAAGCAGGCGAAAGAACGAGCCAACCAGGGCAAAGACAAGGAGCUGCUGCGGAAGUUCCAGGAGGACCGGGAGCGUGCAAUCCUGGAGGAUCAGAUGGCUGCGAGGAAACGUUACGAGGAGAGAGCCACUGUUGCCAACUUCCAGAUCAAACAAAUCCAGGAACACCAGGGAGCUCAGGAGGCUGAGGAGCGCGAGGACCGGCGCGAGGGUCAGGAGAUCCAGCGAUUGGCCAGGCUGCACGAAUGGGAACGCAGGAAACUGGACGACCUGCGGCGGCAGGAGAAAGUGGAACUGAAGUUGGCGCACCAGGAGCACACGUCGAACCGUGACGCCAUCCGAGCCAUCGAGCAGCAGAAGGAAGAAGAGGAAGACGAGGAAAUCCGACUCUUCGCUGCGGCCAAGAAAAAGAUGACCAAACUCAGGAGGGAGAGAGAGUCAGAAAUGUUCAAGAAGGUUCAGGACCACCGGGACAAGAUGGUGAACCUCCUGUCACAGCAGCUCAAGAAGAAGGUCGACAACGAAGACGAGCGGAUUGCGAAGGCUGUGGCCGAGAACGAGGCAAAGAUGGAGGCAGACCGUAUUGAGAAGGAAGAGAAGAUCAAGGCAGAGCUGAAGUCUAUUGCUGAGCACAGGGCACAAGUGUUGGCUCAGGAGGAGCAGGCGAGGAGAGAGAAGGAGAGGAAGGACCAGGAGGUUCUGGAGCUGAAGAUGGAGGCAGACAAGAUCUUCCAGGCAAAGCAGGAGGAGAGACAACGGAAACAGCUGCAGGACAGGAAGAACCUGGCAGGCACGCACCUCAAACAAGCGAGCGUACAGAAGCAGGUGCUCGUUCAGAAGAAGCAGGAAGAUCUCGAGUACGACCGCAAGAACUUUGACCUCAUUGCUGUGGAGGAACAACAGUUCCAAGAGUACGCCGGUCAUGUGAUCAGGAAGGCCGUGGACGGCGGUCGGAAUCCGUACCCGCUCAUCAAGGCAGCUCGCGAGGGCGCCGGUGGCGGGAAGGGCCCGUUGUUCGACGGAAAGGGCGGAAUCCGGCCCAGUUAUAUGGCUACUGAUGGUCAGGGUACGCAGCUAUCCGCCUAUCAGGGUCCUACAACUGAGGACGUUAAAAGCCUGCAUAUCGCACCUGCGGAUAAGGCCAAGAAAAGGCUAGGAUUCGUCUGGUGAAGCCUGUAGAUGUUGUUAAUGCAGUUGUACAGUAUUAAUGUUACAUACUUUGAAUGUUGGAAUGUCUAUGUUAGGCCAUACCAAUUCAAGUAG